AUGGUCCGACUUCUACCGACUCUCCUCUUAGUAGCCCAGCUCAUUUUGAGCGCAUCAUCUCACUCAAUCCCCAACAUGCUCCCUCGAUCAGGACAACAUAUGUAUCCAUAUCUUGUACUAGGAACGGAUUCGCCUCCAGAUUGGGGGACAACAGGGUAUUUCAUCAACUAUUUCGCCAUUUCGACCAGAAAUCUCACUGCCAGUCUUGACUUUUACUCCAGAGUCCUUGGCUUCCGCAAGAUGCUCACUUUACACGUUUUUAAGACAUAUUCUAUCACCUACCUAGCUCAUGCCCACGGCGGUCUUCUCGAGAUUUACUAUCUCGAUAUCCCAAACAAGAACAUUGAGUCUAGCUCUCAGCAUCCCAACACCUUUGCCCAUAUUGGACUUGUUGUCCCUGAUGCUCAGGCGAUACAAGAGCGCCUGGAGACCAUGCCUGAUGUAAAGAUUGUCAAAAGGUAUGGGGAGAAGUUUACUGAUAUCACCGAUGAUCUUGUAAUUGGCCCGGCUGUUGGACUGCCAUCUUCUGUUGUUGCACAGUUGCGUCUGGAGCAGCGGGAAGCGGUCGUUCAAGGACUUGGGCAUAGUGUCGACCCGCUCCUCUUUAUCGUUGACCCUGAUGGAAACUUUAUUGAGAUUCAAGGCGAGGAGGGUGCAGAUCUGGUGCAGGGAUGA